GCAACCAGCGCCGCCCAGCGCUUCGCCAUAACCGGCAACGCAGUCGUCACCGGCGGCGCCGGCACACUGGGUCUAACAGCCUGCACGGCCCUCCUGGAACACGGCCUCCGCGGCCUCCUAAUCCUAGACAUGAACCCCAGCACUUCGGAGAAAGAAAUCAACGAUCUCAGAAGUAGAUUCCCAGAGGCCAAGAUCCUAACCGCCCAAGCCGAUAUCACAGACGAAGACGCCGUCGAUGCGGCCUUUGGCCAUGCAGCCCGGGAUCUCGGGUCGGUGGAUAUCCUCUGCUGCUUUGCGGGGAUAGUAGGGUGUGCUGACGCACUGAGCAUGCCGCCGUCUCAAUUCCGGAAGGUGCUCGAUGUGAAUACCACGGGGGCGUUUAUAUGCGCACAGGCAGCGGCAAAGCGCAUGGUGGAGCAGGGGACGGGCGGGGCCAUAACGUUUAUUGCGUCGAUCUCUGCGCACCGGGUGAAUUUCCCGCAGCCGCAGAUUGCGUAUAACGUGUCGAAGAAUGGGCUGCUGAUGAUGAAGAAUUGCCUUGCGGCGGAGUGGGCGAGGUAUGGGAUUCGGACGAAUACGAUUAGUCCGGGGUAUAUGGAUACGAUUCUGAAUGAGGGGGAUGGGCUGCAGGGGCAUCGGAAGAUCUGGGCGGAGAGGAAUCCGUUUGGGAGGAUGGGGGUGCCGGGGGAGUUGACGGGGGCGGUUGUGUUGUUGUCGAGCGAGGCUGGGGGGUAUAUUAACGGGGCGGAUAUUGUUGUUGAUGGG